AACCAAAUCAAUAGAUCUCCAUUCACACCCCAUUCCAUUCGACAAGCCCUUGGCUACUUCAAACCUCAUCAAGUCAAGAAUUCCGAGCUGAACUAUACUUGGUAGUCGAUCCGAGUUUCUCAGUCCAAUUAUCACCUCUAUCUCACCCUUUUGCCCUGUUCGAUAUUUCGUUCGAGCUGAGAUCAUUUUGACCCUGUGUAUUGAGUCCUUCUCAUCGCGUAUUGCAAAGGGGACGAGUUAUGGUCCAAGGAUUCACUUACGAUCCUAGAGAGGUUGCAAUGAGUGAGCUCUUCCCUUCGGAAUCCAGCAAACAGUCUGAUAUAUCUGCAGAACUAAGCAAACUUCCUCCCCUGAACUUGACACUCCGAAAGACUCCGUCUUUCCUUAACUUGCUUAAGACAAAGCUGUCGAAGAACGAGAGCUCCGCAAAUCAACGAGCCCCUGAGAAGUUGAAGGCCUCGAACUUCCCUGCCUCUCUUCUCCGAAUCGGAUCCUGGCAGGAAGCGUCGAUGAACGAAUCCGAUCUUGUGGCGAAGUGUUACUACUCGAAGCGGAAGCUGGUCUGGGAAGUGCUGAGGGACGGGCUGAAGAGCAAGAUUGAGAUCCAGUGGUCAGACAUCUCAGCUAUCAGAGCCACCCGCAGAGAAGACCACCCAGGAAUAUUGGAGAUUGAGCUCGGUCAGGCUCCAACCUUCUACCGAGAAGCUAACCCGCAGCCUCGGAAGCAUACCAUUUGGCACAUGACCACGGACUUUACGGACGGUCAGGCCUCCUUGCAUAGGAGGCACUACAUAAAAUUUCCUCCAGGAAUACUUGACAGGCAAUAUGAGAAGCUCCUGCAGUGUGACCAGAGGCUGAUGGAGCUGAGCAGAAAAGGUUUCCCGAGCCACGACUCUCCGUACUUCGACUGGUGUCCUUAUGAGCAUCAUUUGAACUAUUCGUUCGAUCCACCUGCCCACGAAGUCAAGCCCCAGAUUCAUUUCCGCCUGAUUGAUCCAAGAGAAUCUCUACUAGUCGAUCCAAUCCAUCAGCUCUUUCAGACAAAUCAGAGGGCCAUCGAUCCCGCGUUUCACUUCGAGGAUUCUACUGCGUCGCCAAUUUCAGGUCCUUCGCGGUUUCAAGACAAUACGGUCACAGAAUAUUCCUCCUCUUCAGAUGAUCAUGUUUCCAAUUUCGGUUUCGGAGAUUCGGGAACAACCCAUUGGGCUCACGGGAUGAACGACUUUGCAAAUGACCAGACCUCAUAUCAUGCAACAACAUCGAUGGAGACACCUGCAGUGGAUAUGGGAGUACCAAGUACCUUCCAACAGAAUCUAUUCGAUGACCCUCUCCAUUAUCCCUACGACAUGGGGGGGUAUCUUGGAAUGGAAAGCUCGCUGAAUCACGUGAGACCGUUUCAAGACACUUCAUACGCUAACUCUGGCUUCACCAUGGGCAGCACGGGUCAGUUCCACGCAAUGAGCGGAGCGCAGACCUGCCCGCAAGUCGCUAACUCUUCCUUGCCUUCCCAUUUUUCCAAUGCAAAUCUUUCGAUGCAUCAAUAUGGCAACGUCGACUAUAUGUAUCCACCAUUUAGUCACGGAUUCUAGGAUUCUGUUUUGCAUUUAUUUUGUGAAUGGGGGCAGAAGAAGGAGAAGAGCAAGUCGAAGAGUUGCUCCCAGUUCCUCUAAUGUCCAUGCUACGUGCCAUUUUCACUUUGCUUAUUAACAGUGGAUAAUGCCAUUGAAAUGCCAUCAAACCAUUCCCCUGCCAUAGUAAUUAUUUCA